AUGCGUUUCAUAGAGACAAUCGUCUCUGCGCUGACGGGCUCGUCGACUUUCGUACCUGCUUCCUCCGCUGGGACCGAUAAGCUUGCGGCACAGGCUCUGAGAACACUGCGACGAUUCGAAUCAUCUCAGCCACAAGGCUAUGGAGCGAACUGCAGCCUCAAAACCGCGUACAGACGGAGAGAAUGGGAGACCUUCAGCCGCCAGGAGAAGCGCGAAUACAUCGACGCGAUUCUCUGCCUCAUGGAAAAGCCAUCGAUAAGUGGCGACCUUGCACCGGGAGCUCGAAGCAGAUACGAUGAUUUUCUCGCCAUUCACAUUAACCAAACGGGUUCGAUACAUGGCACUGGAAGCUUUCUAUCGUGGCACCGAUACUUCACAUUCACAUACGAACAAGCUCUACGAGACGAAUGCGGAUACACCGGCUACCAACCGUACUUAAAUUGGCCCAAGUACGCACUUGAUCUCUACAACGCCCCGGUCUUUGACGGUAGCGACACCUCCAUGAGCGGGAACGGUUGCUACAGAAAAUACAACGGCACUAACAUUCCAUCCAACGACAAACCAUUCAUCGUCCUUCCCCCAGGCGAGGCAGGAGGUUGCGUCGAGUCAGGCCCAUUCAAAGACAUGCAAGUCCGACUCGGUCCAGUCGCGCCGGCCGUCAACGAUGCUCCUCCAAACCCGCAGAAAGACGGCCUGGGUUACAAUCCACGCUGUCUGAGACGGGACAUGUCCGCUUAUGCAGCAGAGCGGUGGAAUACAGAUCAGAAUGUCACGGAUCUCAUCCUCCAGAGCAACAAUAUCUUCACAUUCCAGAACACCAUGCAAGGCGACUUUCCAAAAGGCUUUCUCGGCGUCCACACCAGUGGCCAUUUCUUUGUCGGUAGCGAUCCAGGCGGCGACUUGUUCAGUAGUCCUGGCGAUCCGUACUUCUUCCUGCACCACGCGCAAAUCGACCGCUGCUGGUGGAUCUGGCAGAAUAUCGACCCGUGGCAUCGUAUCGAAGUCAUAGCUGGCACGCACACAGUGAAUAAUGAUCCUCCGAGUGCGAAUGCGACUCUCGACGAUAUAAUAGAUCUGGGGGUAAAUGCUCCCGGGAUCGCUAUUCGGGACGCCGUGAGCACGCUCGAGGGUCCUUUCUGCUACAUCUACGAGUAA